AUCGCCAUUUAGCGGGACUUUUCGUACCAGGUUCUCCAUUGACACUUUUCUAGACUUUCUCAGCACCAGGAGGCGAUCAAGGCACCGUUUUGUUUGUCUGUUCAGCACUAUGAAGCCUAUCCCCCUGGUCCUGCUCCUUGCCACUGUUCUCCUCACCUCUCACAUCCCCCCCAGUGUUAGUCGACCACAGGACCUGGCAAUGUUCAACGGCCACGGCUACAAGAGUCAGCUGGACGAGGUGUUCCAGAAGCCUGGCGACGCAGUUUCCUACCUUAUCGGAGAAAAUAUACUGCGUUAUUUGCAGAGAAAUCCCCGGUUGCAAACAGGUUUCCCGCAACAGUUUCCCUUUGGGGUGACGCCCCUAGGCUCGAGGGGUCUUGGUUACCUGGAGCGCAGUUUGCCGCCCUUUGAGCAGCAGCGCGCACCUGAGGAGGUUAACAGCCUAGAAGACUUCGUGGAGUUGACCAAGAGAAACGACGAUCCGCCGAUCUCCAUCGACCUCACUUUCCACCUGCUGAGAAAUAUGAUCGAAAUGGCGCGGAUCGAGAGCCAGAAGGAGCAAGCAGAGUUGAACCGCAAGUAUCUAGAUGAAGUUGGAAAGUGAUACCAAGUGUAAUCUACGAGGGAGAAAAUAUCUCACGUAAAAAAAGCCCCUGGUACUCUCCCACGAAAUAGUUUCGAUUUUUCUUUGCAUUUAACCUUUGGUUUCUCUGUCAUUCCUCAUGCUUCAACCUGUGCGUAAAAGGAACUUAACCUCCUAUCCAAAAAGUAUUUCAAAAUCAACGGGCUACCAGUCUACCAAGACCACAGCUACAGUGUACUCAUAGUGGACGACUGGAAUACUAUUCUCUGAGAUAUGGCAUAGUGUGUGAAUACUUCGCAUUUCACAACUCUAUUCUCACCUUUGAAUGUCCAGAACAUUGUAGUAGGCCUAAAACAAUAAUAUUGUCAGAAUCAAAUCGGGUUAUAAAUUGCCCUAAUGUGGAAUAAGUGCAACAUGUUUAUUAGUCAAAGUAGGGAGCUAACUAAGAUUUGAUGUCAACAGUAGCAUAAAUGGUUACUACAAAGUUAAUAACAAUGACAGAUUGCCUAAUCAUUGAAGUUUCCAGAAAUAAAUAUAAAAAUGUUGACAAUCUCCAUAGCCCUAUAACACAUUACCAAAGAAAAAUGAUGCUGUGUAAAUUGUUAUUGGCUAUCCUCUUAUGAUCUUUAAUGGUCAGUUGUUUGAUGGCAGGUAGCUGAGUGGUUAAGUGGUCACUGGUUUGAAUCCCUGAGCCGACUAGGUGAACAAUCUGUCGAUGUGCCCUUGAGCAAGGCACUUAACCCUAAUUGCUCCUGUAAGUCGCUCAGAAUAAGAGAGUCUGCUAAAUGACUAAAAUGUAAAAUGUUGAUCACUACUAUAUUUACAUUAUGCCACAUAUUUUGUUUAUGGUUAUUAUCAAUUUGCCCUUGUUUUGUUAGCUCACUUGGCAGACAGCCAUCCAGCCAGUAGAAGAAGCCUUUUCACAUUAAUCCAGGUAUGGCAGCGUUUCCCAAACUCGGUCCUGGGGAUCCCAAGGGGUGUGCAUUUUAGUUUUUGCCCUGCACUACAAAGCUGAUUCAAAUGAUCAAAGCUUGAUGAUGAGUUCAUUAUUUAAAUCAGCUGUGUGGUGUUAGGGCAAAAACCAAACCGUGCAACCCUUGGGAUAAGUUUGGGAAAUGCUGAGGUAUGGGGUCUGCCAGUGCCCAAGCCUUUUUGUGAUACAACUAAUAUCCAAUUUUAUCUGGGACUAGGUGAACAUAUCCUACGCUUUACACCCCCCCCCCCCCCCACACACUAUUCUUAUUAUAUGUUCGUCUGAGUGAACUGUCCUCUGUAGUACAGCAUGCUUACCUUAAAGAACAAAAAAAGAAAAUGCUUAAUUUUAUGUAGACUGCUUUGACAAACCCUAAUCAUCUGGACAUAUCUUAUGAUCCCAUGGUUUAGCAGUAAAGAAAAGCUUUUUUGCCAUUUAUAUUUUGUAAUAAAAAAGUUCUGAAAAAAUGAUAUUGACUCUGUCAUAGUCUCUUACGGUAGUGAAUGUAGUAAAGGAAACUAUUCUGCUGACUUGUAAGACGUUAUAGUCAUGCUGCUGAGGUUUCUCUUGCCCAUUCAAAUACAAAACCUGUGUAGUAAACUCUGGCUGAACACUCAUUGCAAAACCUC